AUGACUGCGCAGGCGACGAAAUCGGUUGCGGCAACGCCGGGAUUCGUCCGGUUACUGAAUUUCCUGUUCCGUAAACUUGGCCUAUUCGUCGCUGAUCAUGAUAAACUUGUGCUUGCGGGAACGCUGUUAUUUACUCUCCUCUGCUCGGCAAAAAUCCCAUUCACACCUCAACAGGAUGAUAUUCGAACAGGUUACACUCCGCACGGAUCACGAUCCCGAGAAGAAAUCGCCGUUUACAACGAAUAUUUCGCAGCAAAUCGUGAUCCGAUUAUGGUUUUUGCGUUUGCGGUGGCAAAAGAUGGUGGAUCCAUGGCACGAGUGGAACAUAUGCGUGAAACGAUCAAACAACUCGACUACGCUGCCACUAACGUCACUCAUCGAGGCGAAUCCUUCUACACUCUGUGCACAGAGUUCUGUCAAAUUAACGAACCAAUUCGUCAGUUUUAUAAUGGUUUAGCGAUGAAAGUCAACUCGUCCGUGUUGGAUGAGCCGAUCACGCUCACCUUUCCGAUUAUGGAUGUGCUCGGCAAGGAUUUGGAUCUUAGUCCGAAUUUUUUUGGAGUCGAAACAAAUGACACUGAUCAUUCUGUGAAAUUUUUGAAAGUUGUCGGCUUUCAAUAUCGUGCGAAUCUGCCAGAAAACUGGGAUAAAUACGAUCUACAGGAUUAUGAGCGACGAGUGACUGCAUAUUUUUUGAAAGAGAUGCGCUCCGAGUUGUUGAACAUUUAUGCGUUUUCGCUGACGUACACUUCGGACGAAAUCGUUAGAACCGGUCUUACCAUAUUUCCAUUUCUUGCCGUUGGAUUUAUUAUUAUGAGCUCAUUCUCAGUGGUUACUGUAUUCUACAGUAGUAUGCAAAUGGGACAGUGGAGCAAUUACAAGAUCAUUGAAGCUGUCUUCGGUUGUAUAUGUCCUCUGCUGGCCACAUCAUCAGCGUUAGGUUUUCUAUUUUGGUGUGGAUUUCGAUUUGGUACGAUCCUUUGUGUCACUCCGUUCCUGGUUCUAGCUAUUGGUGUCGACGAUGCCUAUUUGAUGAUGCAUUCAUGGAUGCGUGUUUCCGUCGAUGAUCCAACGAUGACAAAACGAGAGAGGGUCGCUCAUAUGCUAGUGGAUGUCGGCCCAUCGGUGGCCAUCACGUCACUCACGAAUUUCCUCGCCUUCCUCGUUGGUAUCUACACACCCACGCCAGAGAUUCAACUGUUCUGUAUGGGAAAUUCAGCGGCUAUCCUUUUUGAUUUUAUUUAUCAGAUCACAAUGUAUGCCGCAUCGUUAUCAAUAACAGGUGAUCUACAAAUGCGUGAAGCCUCAAAAACGAAUAGAGAUCCACAGUGGAUGACAAUGAAGAAGGAAAUGUUUUCCGAUGUCCUUGACGAAUAUUCACAAUGGUUAUCGAGCAAAUUCACAUCAAUCCUUCUACUUAUCGUUUUAUGUUUUUACUGGGUAAUUAGCGCUUUUGCCGCUUCUCAGAUACGUGUGAACUUAUCAGCGGAUAAGUUGGUGUUGCACGACUCGCCGUUAAUAGAGAUGAACCAUCUACGAGAGCACUACGUCCUCGUUAAUUACACAAUGGCCAGUAUCUUCGUGCAAAAUCCAGGAAAUCUCAACGAUCCAAACCGAAUUCAUCAAUUGAACAGCCUUGUGGAACGAUUUGAAGCAUAUCCAGAAUGCCUUGGAGCUAAUUUCAGUCAUUAUUUUGUUCGUGAUUACAAAUUCUUCCAAGAGAUGGUGGAACAUGAAGAAGAGGAGUCUUUCGGCGCGGAAGCGGCCGAAAAUCGAAGUGACGCAUUUUCGAAGACCGCAAUGCAACCGUUCUUUUCAUGGCCUGAAUUUAAACAUUGGAACGGUUUCGUGAAAUUCGACGAGAAUGGAACGAUAACACGGAUUUGGGUGACGGUGUCGUAUCAUGGACAAUUGAUGGGCGACAACAUUUUCAGAAAAACACUUCUAGAAAGAUGGCGUCACACUGCCGACACGUUCCCCGAUCUAAAUGUGUCCGUUUUUGACGACUAUGCCCCAUUCUUGGAUCAGCUCGAUUCCAUGCUACCAGCGACUAUUUCCACAUCGAUUUGUACUCUACUAUGUAUGAUGCUCGUCUGCUUUUUAUUCAUGUACAAUUUGUUCACAGUUAUUGUCGCAACAAUAUCGAUUAUAUCGAUUUGUAUUGGCGUAUUCGGCAUGUUAUCUUGCUGGGGAGUGGAUCUUGAUCCGAUUUCUAUGGCCACAACAAUAAUGUCCAUUGGAUUCAGUGUGGAUUUUCCUGCUCAUAUAACAUUUCACUACUUCAGAGAAGGUCUUGAAGAUCCAGAUUCUACACCGGCUAAACGAGUAGCAAGGUCGUUAGCUGCUAUAUUGUUUCCACUGUUGCAAUGUGGCCUCUCAACCAUACUAUUUGUGUUAUGUUUAUUAUUUGUGAGAAGUUACAUGAGCGAGGUGUUCGUCAAAACGAUGGUUCUUGUUGUUACGUUGGGUCUUAUUCAUGGCCUAGUACUGGUCCCUGCAUUCCUUUGUGCACUUACCUCAAUCUAUGAUACAUUUUUCAAGCACACAUUUUGGGGAAGUCAGUCCUCAAUAACCGAAUGGUUCUCUCGAAAAGAUUCACGUCCAUCGAAUAGCGAAACACCAUCGACACGUUCGUGA